CGGAAGUGUAGUAUUUUGCUAGCUGAAUAGUAAUUUUGCUCUGUGCGUGAGAGAAAGGGAAGAAAAGGGGUAGUAUAUAGCGAAGUGCUGCUGGGUUGGAAGAAGGGUACGAGGUACUUUUUUAUUAUUAUUAUUAUUGUUCGUACACUCUGCCCGUUUCCACCUCUUUAUCCUGGCGAAAGGUUGAACGGUUAAAAUGGAGGCGGAUAGAUCCGGCGGAGGACCAAACCCGAACUCCGGAGGCGGCGGCAGCAGCAGCAGCGGAUCGGGGCGCAACCCAAACGGGCCCAAAGCAGCACCGGGCCAGCCGACAUCAGCUGCGGCGACCGGAGCGUUGGCAGCAGCCGUGGCCAUGGCCGGAUCGUCGCAGGCUCGUGAGCUACAGGACGGGGACUCGGGUAUGACGCUUCCUGGGAUCCUUCACUUCAUCCAGUACGAGUGGGGACGCUUCCAGGCCGAGAAAUACCGCUGGGAGGCUGAGAGAGACGAACUCAGGGCUCAGGUGGCGUUCCUACAGGGUGAGAGGAAGGGGCAGGAGAAUAUGAAACAGGACCUGGUGAGGCGGAUUAAAAUGCUGGAGUACGCCCUCAAACAAGAGAGGACUAAGCACCAGAAGCUGAAGACAGGAAACGACCAGAGUCCAGGAGACAAGAAACCAGAGACAGAGGCAGACCAACUUCCCAAUGGGCCGGCUGAGUCAGACUCUGAGCCAGCCAAUCAGAUGUCCUGGAAAGAGGGUCGUCAGCUACUACGCAAAUAUCUCGAGGAAGUGGGUUAUUCAGACACCAUCCUGGACAUGCGGUCUAAGCGUGUGCGCUCGUUGCUGGGGCGCAGCAGCCCCGAGGCUAACGGGCCUCCGCCCAGUGAAACCUGUCCUGAGCCUGAGCCUCGGGCAGGCGGAGAGUCGUUGUUGGUCAGACAGAUAGAGGAACAAAUCAAGAGCCAACAGAACAAGAUGCAGAAAAGAUGUCUAAAACGGAGGGCAUCCUCCAUCAUGAGAACAUGGAACGCGGGCAAGGAAAGCUCUAAGGAAAGUCUGGGCGGCUCGGUGCUCGAUAAGAUCCCCUUCCUGCAUGGCUGUGAGGAUGAUGACGAAGACGACAGCGACGAGGACGAUGACUUCCAAGGCAUGGCCACUGACUGCAUCGAUGGACCGCGCAAGAACAAGAAGUCUCGCGUAAAGAUGGGUGCGGAGCCCAUGACCACAGACCUGGACCCGGAGGACGAGGAAGACGAAGACGACUCGGAAGAUGCCCUCAGUGAAUUUGACUUCCUGGGCUCGGGGGAGGAUGGGGAGGGGGCGGGAGAGGCCCGGAUCUCGGGGGACGGACGGGAGUUAGAGAACCGCAGGAACAAGUUACAAGGCAUGAUGUCGGACUUCCCCCCUAAACCCACCCCGCCCCCCUCUGUAUCGGGACAGGCUCGCUCCGGGGAAGGUGGCGCCCUGGGUUUCACCUCUGACGUCUUCAUUAUGGACGCCGUUGGAGGAGGGGACAUGAACCUGGGUGAACUGGCUGAUCUCACCGUUGCCAAUGACAACGAUCUCUCCAUGGAUAUGCAGGAUAACCGAGAUGAGUUCAAGAAGACGUGGAACCCUCGUUUCACACUACGCAGCCACUUCGAUGCCAUCCGCGCUUUGACCUUUCACCCCAGCCAAGCGGUGCUGCUCACAGCCUCGGAGGACGGAACACUAAAACUGUGGAACCUCAACAAGGCCAUGCACUCUAAAAAGAACGCGGCGUUGGAUGUUGAGCCCAUCUACACUUUUAGAGCACACAGUGGAGCUGUUCUAUCUCUGACCAUGGGCGAGGACGGAGAUUCCUGCUACAGCGGGGGUCUAGAUGGAACUGUCAGAUGUUGGAAGAUGCCAGACCUAAACGUGGAUCCUUACGAUAACUAUGAUCCUGGCAUCGAGAGCAGCGUACUAGCCGGCCACGACGACAGCGUGUGGGGUCUAACUUACUCUGCAGUUCACCAUCGUCUUGCCUCGUGCUCAGCCGAUGGCACCAUUCGCGUCUGGGACCCUCAGAACUCGGCUCCCUGCCUGUCAGUCUUCAAUAAGGAGAAAGAGCACGGAACACCCACCUCAGUAGCCUUUGUGGCCACUGACCCCAACCAGGUGGUGGUGUCAUUUGACGCCGGUGAGACGCUGCUCUACGACCUCAACACAGAGCAGAGCAUCACUGCGCUAGAGACACAGACCAAGGAUGGCAGUGAGCUGAUCAACCGUGUGGUCAGUCACCCAUCUGAGCCCGUCUCCAUCACUGCACAUGAGAACCGCACCAUCCGCUUCCUAGACAACAAGACAGGUAAAGUUGUCCACUCGAUGGUGGCUCACCUGGAUGCAGUCACCUGUCUCACUACAGACCCUAAAGGCACUUACCUCAUCUCUGGCAGCCACGACUGCUCGGUGCGCCUGUGGAUGCUGGACAACAGGACGUGCGUGCAGGAGAUCACGGCUCACAGGAAGAAGCACGACGAGGCCAUUCAUGACGUGGCCUUCCACUCUUCACAGCCCUUUAUCGCCAGCGCCGGCUCAGAUGCACUUGCCAAGAUCUUUGUCUGAAAGCACUGUUGCCAUUCUGAGUCCAACAAAAACAACUGGGCAAAAAGAGACUGAAGGACUACAGUGGACCAAUUUCACCUGCUUAUAUUCACACACACACACACACACACACACACACACACACACACACACACACACACACACACACACACUCGUCCUGCACCCCACUGGCUGGGUCAUCGCCACAGGACGUCAGCUCCCCUUAGUUCCUCACUGUUCUCUGAUGCCUCAGUGACUUCUUGUAAUACUAAUCACACUGCUUUUUUUUGUUUUUUUAUAAAAAAAAACCCGUCUGCUCCUUUUUCAAAUAAUCAUGUUUGGAAUAACACUUUUCUACACUACAAUAUUCAGUUUUGCUUCUUUUUUUUGCAUUCUAUCAACACUUUACAAACCACCGUGUGUGUGUGUUUGGGCGCUUGAACUGCUGACACACUAACAUUUCCCAGGGAAACCAACGAGGAAACUCUCGCACUGCACAGCACACAUGAUGCACCACCGCAUUUCAUUUGAGAUCCUUUUUUUUUUUUUUUUUAAACAAAUUGCUUGUGGCUAACAUAAGUAUGGUAGGCAUGACUAAUAACAGUUACCUUUCCCAGUAUCUGCAGAAAACACCUGACCAACCUCUUCAUUGGGAAUCAAUGUAAUACAUUCCAAAGACUCCAGGUAGUGUGUGUGUGGUGUCGUAUUCUAGGUUGUUGAACUUAGUUGUGUGUGUGUGAUGUGAGGAGGCAUUAGACAGUUGCUAACCAGUGUUGAACAAAUAGCUUUAAUUUCAACUUCAUGGCCAAGUCUCAUUGUUUGUGUGUGUGUGUGUGUGUGUGUGUGUGUGUGUGUGUGUGUGUGUGUGUGUGUGUGUGUGUGUGUGUGUGUGUGUGUGUGUGUGUGUGUGUGUGUGUGUGUGUGUGUGUGUGUGUGUGUGUGUGUGUGUGUGUGUGUGUUAAAAUGUCUCUCUGCUGUACAAGAUAAAUUCACAUAUUUCCACAAUCAUGGUCCAUUUCUACAGAUGUACAGUUUAAACUCUGGACACUGAUGCUUUCACCCCAAAUUAAUUGGCUAAAGAUAGAUAUGAGAGUGCAGUCAAAGUCUGGUAGCGAGGACAGUCUGUGUGCUCUCAACAAAUGACACGCAGCUUGUGUCAUUUGGUGCUUUUUACUGUACAGAUGGGUAGGUGUGUGUGUUUGUGUAUGCACUAGUUAAAUCACGGUGCUAUGAAAGACCUUGUCAGUCUUGAGUCAGAAUCAGGGACCUGUUGUUGUGGUGUGUGUGUGUAAGUGUGAACGUGUGAGAAAGAGAGAGACUUUUUCUCACUCAUCGGGCUAUAGAGUGAAUCUGAUUUUUAAAUGACAUUUCAUCAUCGAAAUCAUUUCAUUAACUGUGGUCACAUUUCAGAAUGAACGGUCACUAUAAUGUCAGCAUUGAUCGUUUCAGGCUUGCGGAGUGUACAGAGCUGAUGAUAAUUAUAUUACAGUGAGGACCACUUGGACUGAAAACCCUUCCUCAGAUCAGAGCUGUUCGGAUCGUCUUUUUCAUUUCAUUUUCAAAUCGGUGCCAGUUUGUAGGCUGUGCUCGGUUCUGGCUUGUUGUUAUUUAUUCAGGCUUUCAAAAAAAAAAAAGAAGAAAGAAAAAGCUUGACAUUACUUUCACUUGUGUGUUGAGGCGAGGUUCCCUCGUCUUGUUUUUGACGUGCAUCAGUUGCACAGUAGCACAUUACCCAGAGGGCUGAAGAUGCGUGAAGCUGGUCUCCUCUUUUUGAAGAGGAAUGCUGGGAGAAAAUGGCCCCAUGGGGAGAAAGAGAAAGAAGAAAGCCAUUUUAAAUUAAGCCACUUUUGUCAUUUAAGAAAAAAGAAAGGACUGAUUUAAGAUCUGUUGGUGUCGGUUGAUAUUAGUAGCAUGACUCAGCACCUAAUCUGUCUUGUUAUGGUUCUGCUAUUUUGAACGUAACCCAGAGAAUUUGGCUUAGGUAGAAACAUUGUUCCUCUGAGACACCUCCCAUCUAUGUCUGUCUGUGACCUGCAUUUCUACUGUUAUGCGCAGGACACAUUUGUUUGCUUUAGGUCACUUAACAGCUGACCUGACUUCAAAUGACUUGACCGGUAAUUUCAUUUUAUUGCCUUGAGAAGAUAAAAUCUGGUUUUAAAUCAGUUGGUUAAAGGGCACCCUCCACCUCUUCAAGAUUACAGGGUCACACUCGGGGUCAGAAGUCAGAUCUAAAGGUUUUAAAGUAGCCUAGAGGUAAAUGCUCCUUUCCUAAACACUGGGGACACUAGCAGUCAUAGUUUACUGAAGCGGGUGGUAGACUGUUGUCUGACAUUAGACAAGAUCUGGGUGCAAAUACAUUAUUGUACUGCUGCUGGACAUAAUGUCCUGUUAUCACAUUUAACUACUAUUUGGCUCCACUUUGCACUACAUCUAAUAGUGGAUGCUUCUGGUGAGGAGCGGUUACAGACAGGGUGCAGAAAUAAUGUUUUUCGCAGGUAUUUCUUCUACAAUCUGGAGUAAAUGCUACAAGGGUGGAACCUGCUGUGGCUCAGUUAUGUAAUAGCGAGAGUAAGAGAUGGCCCCUCUCUGAGACUUAAGACAAAUCAGUAUGACACAUCAAAAAAGAAAAGAAGAAAUCAAAACCGAGGUUGUAAAUGAUGACUAGAGAUGCCAUUACGUGCUGUAAAUGUCCAUCAUUCCUUGUUUUCUUUCUUGCAUUUCUUUUCUUUGAUUAUGAUUAUUAAGAUGUAAGAAUACUGUAGUAUCAUAAGUGAAUCAUUCUUCCUUGCUAGGCAUAGAACUUGCUUGUGACUGAUAAUGACAAUGUAUAACUUGUAAAAAAGCAAAAAAUAAUUAAAAAACAUGAAAAAUGAAGAAAAUAAGUAAAAAAAAAAAAUCUGUUACCAGUCAGAGGCCAAGGUAAAGGACUCUCAUUUCUUUGUUUUUAUUUUUUUAUUAGCAAUUUAUCACUGUGUGAUAUUUUGUACAUCAUAUUAAGCUGUAUUCAAACUAUUUCCUCUAACUACAAGGGAUAAGAGACCUGCUUUUUAUUAAUUUUGUUUUAUUAUAUAUUUUUGAACUGCAUUCUAGCUUGUAUCAAAUGACUUUCUCGUUUUGUUUACGGGUCCCCUGUUGUACGUCAUUAAGGAAGAAAAAACUAAAAAUGAAGAUUUUGUACAGUGAAUU